AUGUCUGAAAUAGUAUUAUCAUCGAAAACCAUAUUUGAAGAAAUCAGUGAAGCUUGUGGUUCUUUUGCAGUAGCCCACUGCGUAUCAGAAGAUUUGCAGAUGAGUAGGGGUGUUGCGGUUGGUGUCCUCCUGGACCAACGGGUCAGAGUUGGUGGGGUAGCAGAGAUUAAGGUUGAAAAGGAAAAGGAAAAGGAUUUUUAUAUUUUUUACUCAGUUACUAAGGUAUUGUACUACCACAAACCAACACAAAUCCACCUAUUUGUCCAGUUAAAGGAUAGACUGAAAGAUUUAGGAAUCAAUUCUUUAAUAAUCCCGAAACUGGGCUGUACCUUAGAUGGCCUGAAUUGGUACCAGGUCCAUGGGUUAUUAAAGAACACGUUUGACGGAAGUGAUGAGCUGAAAUUUGAAAUCACCGUUUGCGAUCCCGAAAACUUUCAGAUACCAUCUCACCAUCCGGCCCCAAUAGAAGAGAAGUCUAUUGACUUUUUUGAUUUUUCGACGACUUCGUCAAUAAAUAAUAUUCUGCCCGUCGAAAUAACGUGCGCGUCAACGAACAAUAUGUUUCAAAAAUGUUUAACGAAUAAACUUUUAACGGCAGAUUUGUGGGCUACGGUGCGCCUAGGACAGGUCGUCCGAGUCAGGGACAACUUGGUGAUAUGGGCAAUACAGGGCGAUAAUGUGACAUUUUUUCAGACUUUGGAAACCCAAAUUAAUGAAACGGUGGCGAUGGGACUCAAUUCAUCAAUUUGGACAUUUCCAAAGUCUGAAAUGAUUCACUAUAACGCAUUCUUGUCGUUGCUAAGGUCACAGUUGGCCGACAAUGAACGGCGGUAUGGAAUAGUGGUGAGCGACCGAAAUAUGACCACGCAAGUCAAUCAGUUUAGAGGGAAGUGGCCCCGAAUCUCAACUAGCCACCGAUUCCAUUCACCGAAUUCAAAUAAUGCCAUAAUGGUACACCAACGAGACCAAACCAGCUGUGUUCGUGGUCGUGGCGGUCGUCUGGCGGGACGUGGUGGACGUGAUGGAAGUGCCGAACAUAAUAUGUCAACUGCAAUUUAUUCUGAGGCUUUACGAUCAAUCGUGUCAGUCGGUUAG